AUGGAAUCACUGUUGAUAAUAAACUUAGGGUGGAACAGUUUAACCGGUCCAAUUCCUCAAGCCCUUCGUGAUAGAGAAAAGAGAGGCCUCAAGUUGACGUUCUUGUCCACAAGUUUUCAUGGAAACCCAAAUCUUUGUCUCUCUGACUCAUGCAACAACAAUAAGAAGAAAGUCUUAGUACCAGUUAUAGCAUCGGUUGCUUCAGUAGUGGCUCUUAUCGCCUUGUUGGCUCUCUUUUUUGUUUUCAGAAAGAAAGCCCCUGUAUCAGAAGGCACAGCUGCGACACGCGAGUUACCAAGAAAGUCAUCGAUAUAUUCCAAAAAGAAAAGGUUCACUUAUUCAGAGGUAGUAGGACUUACGGACAACUUCAAAAGAGUUCUUGGAGAAGGAGGGUUUGGAGUUGUCUACCACGGUUCUUUGAGUGGUACCGAACCAGUAGCUGUUAAAGUUCUCUCCGAGUCAUCAGUUCAAGGCUAUAAGGAAUUUAAGGCAGAGGUGGAGCUUCUUCUAAGAGUUCAUCACAUAAACUUGGUAAGCCUUGUUGGUUACUGUGAUGAAGGAGGCCAUUUGGCACUUAUCUAUGAGUACAUGGCUAAUGGAGACCUUAAACAACAUUUAUCAGGAGAAUCUGCUCGAUCUACUUUGAAAUGGGCUAGUAGAUUAAAAAUUGCUGUCGAGGCAGCACAAGGGUUAGAGUAUUUGCAUGUUGGAUGUGAGCCGCCAAUGGUUCAUAGAGAUGUCAAAAGUACAAAUAUACUAUUGGACGAUCGUUUUGUGGCCAAACUUGCGGAUUUUGGACUUUCAAGAUCAUUUUGUGUCGGAGCUGAAACUCAAGUAGCAACAGUAGUUGCAGGAACACCUGGAUAUCUUGAUCCUGAAUAUUACCAAACAAAUUGGUUAAAUGAGAAGAGCGAUGUCUACAGUUUCGGUAUUGUACUCAUGGAAAUGAUAACAAACCGGUCUGUGAUUGAACUAACCAGAGAAAAAGCUCAUAUAGCAGAAUGGGUAAAGAUUCUAAUAAGCAGAGGAGAUCUUGAGAAAAUCGUUGACACAAACCUUGGUGGAGAUUAUGACUCUAACACAGUAUGGAAGAUUCUUGAAUUAGCAAUGUCAUGCGUGAGUCAUUCUUCAUCUGAUAAACCAACCAUGUCCAAGGUUGUUAACGUGCUGAAAGAGUGUUUGAUCUCUGAGAAUUCGAGGAUAAAAGGAGGACAGGUUCAAGAUGAUGACUCAAAGAACUCGUUAGAAUUGAAUGUUGAUUUUGGAACCCAAGUGACCCCUGAUGCACGCUAG